UCGAUUCCCCGCACCCAACCUCACCCUCGCCCCCAACCAAAUCCUUAGUUUCAGCCGUGGGAAAAUACUUGGCAUGAGGCCACACUGCAAAAGGCAUCCUGGAGUUUGCUGAAGGAUCUGAAACGCCUCACGGACAGUGAUGUAAGAGGUGAGCUCUUCGUGAAGGAGCUAUUUUGGAUGCUGCAUCUGCAAAAGGAAACCUUUGCUACCUAUGCUGCUCACUUCCAGCAAGAGGCUUAUUGUCCCAACACGUGUGGAAUGAUGCUGCAGAGUCUGAUCUGGUGCUCCGACUGCAAGAAGCAGGUUCACGCUUGUCGAAAGUCCUACGAUUGCGGGGAGCGCAGAGUCAAGGUCCAUCAAAUGGAAGACAUGAUCCUGGACUGUGAGUUCAACUGGCAUCGCGCCUCGGAAGGCCUCACCGAUUACAGCUUCUACAGGGUUUGGGGGAACCAUUCAGAGACCUUGGUGUCCAAGGGGAAGGAGCCCACCCUGACCAAGCCCAUGGUGGGUCAGGAGGACGCGGGCAGCUACCGCUGCGAGCUGGGCACUGUGACUUCCGAGCCGGGCCUGCUCUUUGACCCUUCUCUACCAGUGUUGCCCAAGAGGGUCGAGGAGGAGCAGCCGGCACCAAACCCCGUAACCCAGGGUGAGGUGACCCCGGAGUCGUCCACAGCCCCCCAGUCCCCGAAGCCGGAGAAAGUGCUGCAAGGCCGGCUUGUAGGGCUGCUGAUCGGGGCUUCUCUGGUGCUCAUAGCGGGCAUCGCCUACGUGGUAUUUUCCCGAAGGAAAGUGGUAGAUGUCAUCAAGUCCUCACGGCUGGGCCUUGGCCGCAGAGAUUCUGAGCGGCCCCUGGUUUCCAAGGCCACACACUCAAGGAGCCAAUAAAGAUUUAUCUUAUUGUCCAAG